AUGGGCCGUCCCAAAAAAUAUCACACUACAGAAGAAAAGCUACGCGCUAUUCAAGAUAAAAGUCAAUGUUAUUAUGCGAAACGGGAGAUAUCUGCUCGGCGAAAACUUAGCUAUCAACCCCAAUCCAGUCGCCGUGAUAGAGAUAAGCAGGAAGCUUUUCGGACUGCCCCACAAACUACAUCACCCUCUCAAAUUCGAAAUGCAAACCGGUCAGCCGCCCACCAACCAGUCCCAUCUUCGACAAGUAAAUUCACAACUCGACUGAAGAAAAUACGGAAUACCAGCCAAUACGAGGUUACACCAAUUCCUGUCACCAUACCUAUGCCUGCCCCUCCCCCAGACCCCUUCCCAAAAUUCGAUGCAGAAGCCUUGACGGUCCUACAGGAGUUUGAAGAUUUCCUUGUAGGCAAGGCACCUUCUGACUACGUCAAGUCUCUCCUCUGUCGCUAUUUCAAGGACAACUCUCGGCGGCAAGGCGAGAUAGGCCUCUUUGUGGAGCCUUUGGACGACCUUUAUGAGAUGCAGAAGGCAUACGAGUCUAUUUCGGCGAAGGCACUACAAACGGACGGCCCCAGUGAGCGCCAAAAAAAAUUGGAAUCUGCAGGAGAGAAGAUUGGACAGCUUAUUUCGUGGUUGGAGUGUUGGAAGUACAGAGGAGAAUGUGUGUGAGAGAGAAUUAAUUAGCCUCUCGAGGGAGAGGCAUCGUACUUAAAUACAAGUUGUACUACUUCUAGAAUUUACUACGGAUUACUAUAUAUGUCUACUAUUGCAGUUAAAUGUUCAUGCUGCUUAGUCAUGCUGAAGCUUCGAGUGCAUUCUAGCACUAACUCAGGAUUGCUAUCCCAACACUCCCCCUCAAUUCCGAGUCCCUAGAAUACCUGCAGAUAAAUAUUCAUGUAAUGGUCUUGGUAGUCCUUUAGUGAAUAUAUCUGCUAAGUUCUCCUCUGAGGCGCAGUGCUGAACUUUGACUUCAUUUGAAGCCAUGCGCUCAUGAACAAAA